UGGAGUUCAGGGCGAAGGCUGCCUUGCCAAAUGUGUUAUUGGGCUGUUUUUGGGUAUCACGAAUCUCGAGCUGUUCUCGCUUUUCGUAAUCGUUGUGAAGCUAGCUGGUCAGCGGCAGGGGAUUGAGAGUGCGUAUACGCUUGAGUGCGAGGAAAAGGGGAAAUGAAACACUACGCUGCUCUUCAGCCUGUGAGCUUAUUGUUAAACAAGUAUCUAGAUCUGGUGGGAAGGGAAAGGUUUACUCAUACUCGUUCGGGCUCGAGACACGGCUGUAUUUGGCCUAGGUGUCCCGACGUGUUGUGUUAUGUUUGGAAGUAUAUACGAUCAUAUUUGGAUGGUACCACCCCUGGAGAGGAACUUGGCAUCUGGGAAAGAAAUAAAACCAGUGUUGACUUUAAUCAUCAUUCACACAACGAGGAUCCAUGUGAUAAGGGUGGUGCGACUGGCAACUUAUACUCGAGAGAAGAAACUUUUCAAUUGUCACAUCAAUGCUCGUCCGCUUUAUUGUAAAGGGUUUUCAAGCUUGCUCGGGUUUGAAACUUCUAGCUAUCUGAGUCCGGGGCUACUUGCUUCUCCUUGCCCCCCCUCCAUCACAAACGCUGGCGUGAACCGUGAUUCUUGCCGCUGCCGAGACUUAUUAACCUUGAAACACAUCAAACUUGAAACCAUAGACCAUUCUGCUGAAUGCCUUCACUGCCCGACUAUCGACGUCUCAAUACGUGAUAUGACCGAGAUGGUGUGCACAAGACUUGGGAGAUGCCAUAGCCUUCCGUGACGAACCCGAGGGUCGCCCGGAGGGCCCAAUGACAUGCCCAUCUAGAGAACCAAACUCUGCGGGGGUUUCC